AUGCCAUUUCCCGAUUACCCUUUGGCCUCAGAGCAUAACUGCCAGGAACUUUUUAUACCUCAAAAGGUGAGUCCGUGGCUGCUAACCUUACGCAAUGCGUUAAUCAAGGUUAUUGUCAACAGCGACUCGGAUAUGUUAGGUAUCACUAUUAUCCAGCUCUAG